AGUCUGCGUUGCUUCAUGCUCCAAAGCAAACUCAGGAUUGUCCCAAGCGGAGGAGCCCAGCAGAGCAGAGCCAGACCCAGCCUUCAGAUGGAGGCCCAGGGUGUCCUCCUUGUCCUUCUGGGCACCUUCCUCGCCUCGGCCGAAGGGAACCCGGUGGCAGCCGCCAGCGACAGCAAUAAUAUCCCCAUCCAGGAGAACUUCCAAGAGGCCAGGUUCUAUGGGAAAUGGUUUGGGGUUGCAAUCGGCACCAGCUGCCCCUGGAUGAAGCAGCACAAGGACCGCUUCAACAUGGGGACCAUGAUGGUGGCUCCAGGGAAGACCAACCAGGAGAUGAGCUUCACCUCCACAAGGCUCAGGCAAGGGCUAUGCAGCCAGGUGACUGGAAACUACCAGAAGACAGGCAUCCCAGGGAAACUCAGCUACUACAACCCCAAGUGGAAGGCGCACAUUGAGAGCUACGUCUCCCGCACCAACUACGAUGAAUUCGCCUUCAUCGCCAUGAAGAAGAACAGCACCCAUGGACUGACCACUACGGCCAAACUCUAUGGGAGGAACCCAGAGGUCCGGGAGGGUCUUCUGGCCGAAUUCAGGCAGUUUGCACUGGACCUUGGGAUCCCAGAGGACGCCAUCUUCACCCUGAAAAAUGCAGGGGAGUGUGUGCCGCCCGAGGCCAGCAACGGACCUCAGAGGGUCCGGAGGUCCGCUUUGUUUGAGGAAGAAGGGUCGGCCGACGGAUCCUUGCAAGGUUUUCCUGGAAACAAAGAAGUGCUUGAAAGAGAUGGCACUCCUCCAUCUCCUCUUCCUCUUCCUCCUCCAUGGCUCCCAGAUGACUGCCUUCUGCCUGUGGAUGCUGGGCCUUGUCUGGGGAUGAACGUGCGCCACUUCUACAACUCCAGCUCCCAGACCUGCCAGACCUUCUUCUACGGCGGAUGCCUCGGCAACGACAACAACUUUGCCUCCGAAAGGGCUUGCCUCCAGACCUGCCGGACGGAGGCGGCCUGCCGGCUGCCCAUCAUCCCCGGAGGCGCCUGUGACACCGAAUUUUGGGCCUUCGAUGCCAACCAGGGCAAAUGCGUGACCUUCAGGGGCUGUGGGGGCAAUGCAAAUAAGUUCUACCUGGAGAAGGAGUGCAAGGAAUACUGUGGGGUCCUUCCUGACGACGAUGAAUUCCUCCAAAUGACGUCGCAGUGAUCGGCUCAAGGGAAAGUUUGCUUUGGCCAAAGAGCGUCUCUUUCAAACCGUCCGCUCCGGCGUCCUGUCCAAAGGAAUAAAAGCAAUCUUUUGCCCUGAA